UAAAACUCUCUGUUAACUGUGUGUUUUGAUGACAGGAGUGCUUCGUUUGUAUUUGACUCUCUUGUAUUCGCUUGUAUUCCUGUUCCAUCAUCCUUUUGAGCCUUCAGGUCUCAGACAAUCAAGACCGGGCUUAACAUCAAUUUUCUCCACCUACAAUGGCAAGUGCGAAUCCAUCUCAGUCAUCUGAUCUCAGGAUUGUGUUGCUGGGGAAGAACAGAGCCGAAAUAAGUGCAAUAGGAAACAGAAUUCUGGGCAGAAAAGCAUUUAAAGAGAAGAGAAGAGUGAGUGAAGUCCAGAGAGGACGAGUAGAAGAUAGAAACAUCUCAGUUAUUGACACUCCAGGAUUCUUCAACACUGAACUGACUGAUGAAGAUCUACAGAAUGAAAUGAUGAAGAGUCUUUCUCUCUCUCAUCCUGGUCCUCAUGUCUUCCUGCUCACAGUCAAUCCAGACACAUUCACAGAAGAUGACGUGAGGAAGAUUGUAAAGAAGAUUGAGAAGAACUUUGGAGCUCAUGUGUUAAAGUUCACCCUAUUGCUGUUUAUUAGAGAACAAAUGACAAACAGAGAAUGGAUGGUCUUAAAACUCAGUAAAAUAUAUCAGGAUCUCAUCAGCCAUUUCAGAGGUAAAUAUCAUGAGAUAAACAGUUUAAGCGAUACAACAGAGAUUACAACACUCGUGGAAAAACUUGAUGAAGUCGUCAGACAGAAUGAUGACCAGCAUUACAGCAAUGAGAAAUACGCAAUGUUCCCAGCAGUCAGAAACCAGGAGCAAAGGGAGAAAGUUCUGGUGGUGAAAACAAACCAGAGAAUCUCAUCUCAUGAAUAUAAAGACUUUGGGGCAACAUCUAAGCUCGAGACAAGAGUUCACAGCACUCAGGGCAGGGGCACAGCACAGAAUAUUGGGCCCUGUGCAAAGGCGAUGUUUGGGGCCCCUCCAAGCUAUAAAUCAAAUAUUAGGACCGGGACGGCGGAAAAGAAUGCAACAAGUAACACCAUCCUGGGAAACAACCUGUGUAAGGAAGAAAUGUCAUCUGACGUCAGUCAUCACAAUGCAGAGCAUCACACUUUUGAGAUGUGCCGGGAACUUUUCAGAAAUUCUGUUGAAGAGGAGGAGAAAGAGAAAGAGAGAAAGAGAGAGAGAGAGAGAGACAAACUGAGAAGGACAGAAGAACAGAGAUCAAGAGAGAAAGCACAGAGAAUCCAAGAGGAAGAACUGAGGAACCGAGAGGAAGAACAGAGAGAGAAAGAGGAGAUAGAGAAUCUGAAAUUGAUCAAUGCGGAAAUGAGAAUGAUUGAGCUUGUCAGGACGAUGUCUAUGAGGAGAAGAGCUGAAGUUUUAGCAGCUCUCAUGGCUGCAAGACAUACCAAAGAUCAGGACAAAAACCGAAAACAAUUUACAUUUGAAAGUGAUAAAACAUACCAGAAUUUGUAAA